CAACUUUCGUUUUGAUCAUGGUUGAAAGUGUCAAAAGUGCAGUAAGGAGACCAAAGUGACUUGAUUAGGAAUAUAUUUGUUAAAUACAAAAUUGUGUGCAUGUUGGCGAUGUUUUUUGUUUUUUAAUUGCCGUGUAUGAAUGGCAUGGCAGUGUACUCUCGAACUAGCUGCAAACUUCAGCACAAGGGCAACCAGCACUCGUUCUCCCGAGGAGGCCUUCCUAUAACAGUAUAGUACAUAUUAGUGACCAAGUACAAUAGAGUCGGUGGAUGCUUCUCAUGUAAUACUUGAAAAUGGAAAAUAUUAUGACCAAUGUUUUCAUUGCUGGGCUCCCAGCGUGUGCCAUAUAUUUUCUUUACGCCAACAUUUAUUGCUCUUAUAAACUACUGAAAGCUAAUGUGGUGUUUGACAGUCGUCAGAGGAUUCCAAGUUUUGCCUACCUUUUUCUCAGAUAUGUAUUCAGAGCUCUUAUCAAAAGACAGGGGCAUUUGUACUUUUGCGAUAGAGAUGUCAAAGGUGAAGUUGCCUUCACCAUCUUUAACUGCAGGUUCAACAAGGAUCUACUGAGGAGGUUCUGUAGUGCAGCUGGAUAUGGCUGGGACUACCCAGACAUUGAGUUCAGGGAUAUCCCUCUGUGUUACCCAGACACCCUCUGUCUGCGGAUGCUUGACAUAUUAAUAUCUGCUGAGAAGUUCAGAUUGAGCCCUCUGGGUCUAGUCCGGGUACGUCAGAGUUUGAGAACAUGGCAGCCAAUAGAUGAGCUGAAGAAGGGACCCUUCAAGUUGCAGGCUCGUGUGUUAGAGUACAGGAUCGUUGAAGAUGGGGUGGAGGUUGACAUUUCUUUAACUGCCAUUUCACACACUGACCAGCCAGUAUGGGAGAGUGUUUUGACAAUGCUCUCCCAGGACAGAGGCCGAACACCAAACACACAACCUAAACCUGAGUGGUAUGAUGGUCACAUGGACACAUCAGAGCCAGAUGACGUGAAGGCGGUGGAUAUCAAUGUUCCCUGGACUACAGGACUGAAGUUUGUGUGGGCUUUCUCUGACUACUCUCCACGUUGUCUCCUAACUCUUCCUGCUAAACUCUUGGGCUGCAGAUGUACCCCAACUCCUAGUCUAUGGAUGCUGUCUAAAUGCUUGGCUGAAAUUGAAAAGCACAAAGGAGUUGAUGCCAUUAGAGCCCCCAUCUCUGUCACCGCCCAGUUCAAGGAACCAUUGUUGGUACCAGGAAAAGUGACCAUCAAAUUUUGUGAGAGUGCGGGAGUGCAGUCCAAAUGUGUUAGCUUCCAAAUGGAGCAAUAUGAGAGGAAGAUACUUCACAUCACGGGACAAAUCUGCAGGACUACUGUAGAGGAUGUGAAUUAAAGCUGAAAACGGCGCCAAUGGCCACACCAGCACCGUUAUUGUUUUUGUUGCCGAGAUGAGGAGCAUCACGUAGCAUGGUAAAAAAAAAAAUGCAGUACUCUUCUAUGAUGUGUUAAAUUAUGUCAGAGUUGAAAAAACUGUUUGUUGUUUGCAGUAACUUCUUUGUUGUAAUAUCGCAAAUGGUGUGGCUGCUUCACCAAUAAGGAUUCCAGCUUUAAGAUGAUCAGUUAUGACAUGAAAUUGUAUAAAUAUCAGGUAGAUGAAAGUCAUAAUAAUAAGGGAUGAUUGUGUAAUUAUUAGUGGAAUGACAUCUCAUCCCUGCCAUUAUGUGGCAUCCUAGUCAGUGCGGCAUAGGCUUCAUGGCCCAGCAGGAGAUUUACACAAAUGUAUCUUCAAUCCAAAGUACCCCAAUACUGCUACCCUCUAGAGUAGAUAUUUACCUCAAACAAGAACUGCAGUCUUAAGGCAUUUUCUGUGUCCUCUACAACUCUAAUGUUACUAUGUCCACAGAAGCACCAUAAGCUACAGUACCAGGCAUAUGCUGAUGCAGACAAGGUCCCUACAGGGAAUGGAGACUUGAAUAUUUGACCUGUUUGAUAUUCUUGUUCCCUGCCUUCAUGUAUAUGAAGGUCUUUUCUCUUGUAUUACUCAUUGUAAAAUGGAGGUGUAGGCAGGAAAUAUGUAGAGGAACAUAAACAGUAUUGUUCACUGAAAUGCUUUGUAGAGAUCCAUGAAUUAAACUAUACCUUAAGUUUAAUGUCAGUAUUUACAUAUUUCUGCCAAACUUCAAAGAGUGUAAUUAUUAGUGGAAUUACAUCUCAUCCCUGCCAUUAUGUGGCAUCCUAGUCUGGAUAGCCAGGGUUGCACUCCAACACCAUUUACAAAAGAAGCAAGUGUGUUUAGUGAGUCUUUCAGAUCAGAGACAGUAGGGAUGUUCUCUUGAGAAGUGUGAAUUGGAGCAUUUUUCUUUCAUGGUAAGCAUUCCAAAUGUAACAAAUAUUUUUGGGUUUCGAGAAAUGUAUGGAGUAAAAUGUACAUUAUUUUCAUUAGGAAUGUAGUGAAGUAAAAGUUGUCAAAAAUAUAAAUUGUAAAGUUCAGAUACCCCAAAAAACAACUUAAGUAGUACUUUAAAGUAUUUUUACUUAAGUACUUUAAAGAACAGAGUAUCAUCACCUUUUGAAGAACAUAGUCAGACCUACAAACUUCCGAUUAUUCCAUGCAAAACAAUUGCGCACAUCUAGCUCUAUCAGUUUUCUACAGCAAGUAACUACAUGCUUUACAUGAUCAGUAAACAUCAAUUGAUCAUGCCAUUUCAGAUAUGUUAGGGUAGCCUCACGAUAUCUCUCAAUAUUUGCCCCCAUUAAUUGGAUAUUUAAGUGAUAUAAAAGUCAACUAUACCUGACAAGUGUGAGUGGUGGUGGUGCUGAUGUACUAGCUGAUGAUGUUUACUUUGCAAGAUACUGGUAGAAACUUUGAACAGUUAGCUAAACAUAGUGGUAAGUAGACCUAAUGUACUUUUUUUCUCCAUCCAGUAUGGGCUUACCUAGCGAUGUUAGCUACAUUAUCCUCUUUUAAACAUUGUUUUUAAUAGUGUUUAAUCACAAUUACUGCUGACAGACAUGAUAGGCUAUAUUGAUUGAUGAACCACGUCAAAUUGGCUAGCUAGCUAAUAACAGAUCACGUCAGUAUGGCUACUUAACAAACUAACCUUUAGGGGAUAAACUUCACUGAACAAAAAUAUGAACAGAACAUGUAAAGUCUUCAGGUGAAAGCUAUGAUCCCUUAUUGAUGUCACUUGUUAAAUCCACUUCAAUCAGUGUAGAUGAAGGGGAGGAGACAGGUUAAAGAAUGAUUUUUAAGCAUUGAGACAUGACUUGUGUAUGUGUGCCAUUCAGAGGGUGAAUGGGCAAGACCAUUAAGGUGCCUGAACAAUCUGCAACAACUGCAUCCCCACUUUCAGAAUAGGGGUGCAAGCGUAUGUAUAUAAACUCAACAUGUAAAGUGUUGGUCCCAUGUUUCAUGAGCUGAAAUAAAAGAUCCCAGAAACUUUC